ACAUCUUCAUCUUCAUCAUCACAUCUUCAUCAGUCACAUCUUCAUCGACACAGCGGAGUCUUCAUCUUCAUCAGUCACAUCUUCAUCGACACAGCGGAGUCUUCUCCUCCUCCCGGCGGGCGCGCGCCGACGCUCCGCGCGCACGAGCAGCCCCUGUUUGUUUGUGUUGAGCGAGUGGAAAUGGCGGAGAGCAGCGGAGACCAGAGCGAUCACUCGGGUGUGCGAACGCGAGUCGUCCGUCACUGAAGCGCGGACACGUCCCCCGCCCCCCUGCGACGAGACCCCCGGGAACGUAUCUUUUUGUCGCCGUUUCGCUCCCGCCGAUGGGAAACGAGUGGGGACGCGGCGUCGGAGGAAGGAGUUGUUGUUUUGGAUUUAGCCAAAGGAGGGUUAGCGCGCUAAGCUAACCGCGCUAGCUGCCUCCGCUCGCCCUCACGUCGCGCUGCUGGUUCCGACCACGCACACUUGUUUGUCAACACAAGCUGACGUUGAAAAAGACCCGUUUUUUUGUUUUGGCCCAACGGAGCCGGCUAACGCACAACUUGAGCAUCGGUUCUCCCCCCGAGGUGACCCGCUCCGGGGUUCAUGACGUGACCGAGCUUCGCCUGACCGCAAACAACCAACAAGCAGCGAUCCAAAGCAACUGGAUUCAUAUUAACAAAAGAAGAGGAGAACAAAGUCACGACAUCGGACGAGUCCUCGUCGCCAGCGAGCAGCGAGUUAAGCUGGUUAGCACAGUGGGGCUAGCUAGCUAGCAAGGUAGCUAGCUAGCUAACUAACUAACUGGCUUGUUGUGCAGCCCGAGCUGCCCGUUCGCAUGGGAACUGGUCGUCCGGCGUGACACCGCGCCCGCCGGCAGGAUCGUCAUCGCCGGGCAACUUGGACGGACACGCACAGCCAGAGGCCGAUAGGCUUCUCCCCGCACCCGGGAUGGUGCCGUGUGACAGAGUGGCUUUGGAGCCAUAACCCCUCCACCAGCACCACACCUCCAUCAUCUCGACUCCAAGCCGUUUGGCCAAUCUCCGAUCUCCCCUCCUUCCUUCAAGCUUUGCUCAGAGCCCUGGACAAGGCCACCACAGACACCACAUGACUCACCCACUGGAGCCCUAGAUCAAGUCAGUUGAAGCUGAAGAUGAGUGCAGUAGGGGAAAGCCCCCUCGACGCUGCCGCGCCAGAGUCACGCAAGAGGAAGGUCUCGCCAUGCGACACGUCGGGGCAGAGUCUGGAGAAGCGGAGACGGGAGCUGGAGUGUCGCUACAUCGAGGAGCUGGCCGAGCUGCUGUCUUCCAACAUGGGCGACAUUGCCAGUCUCAGUGUCAAACCCGACAAGUGCCACAUCCUCAAGAGCACGGUGGACCAGAUCCAGCAGAUCAAGCGGCGCGAGCAGGAGAAAGCGGCUCUUCUGUCUCCGGACGACGAGGUGCAGAAGAGCGACAUCUCCUCCAGUAGUCAGGGGCUGGUGGAGAAGGAGGCGCUGGGGCCCAUGCUGCUAGAGGCCCUCGACGGGUUCUUCUUCGUCGUCAACCGGGAGGGCCGCAUCGUCUUCGUGUCGGAGAACGUGACGAGUUACCUCGGGUACGCCCAGGAGGAGCUGAUGACCUCCAGCGUCUACAGCAUGCUCCACGUGGGAGACCACAACGAGUUUGUGAGGAAUCUGCUGCCCAAGAGCCUCGCAGGGCCAAGUUCUCAUAUCGGUACCCGGUAUCGGCAAGUAGCUCAAUUGAACGGCGUGCCGUGGCCGCAGGAGCCUGCCCGGAGGAGCAGCCACACCUUCAACUGUCGCAUGCUCAAGAGGCCGCCGGACGAGAUGGACUCGGAGAACCAGGAGGCUCGGCAGCAGUACGAGAUCAUGCAGUGUUUCACCGUCUCCCAGCCGCGGGCCGUGCAGGAGGAAGCAGAUGACCUGCAGAGCUGCCUGAUCUGCAUCGCCUGUCGGAUUCCUCGCACUCAGCCGGUCAACAGCGAGUCCUUCAUCACGAAGCAGGACCCCACAGGGAAGAUCAUCUCCAUAGAAACGAGCGCUCUGCGAGCGACAGGCCGGCCGGGCUGGGAGGACCUGGUCAGGAAGUGCAUCUACGCUUUCUUUCAGCCGCAGGGCAAAGAGCCCUCCCACGCCAAGAAGCUGCUGCACGAGGUGAUGACCCUCGGCAGCGCCAUCAGCCCACUGUACCAUUUCACGUUGAGCGACGGCACGCCACUCAGCGCUCAGACCCGCUGCAAGUUCUUCUGCCCCCCCAAGCCUGACGUACAGCCUUUCAUCAUGGGCUUUCACACUAUUGACAGGGAACACAACACUGCUAGCUCUCAGGAAAACACUACACCCGCCCUCAGCAGCCUUGCCCAAACCCCCUCCCGCUCCCCGGCCCUUCUUUCCGGAAGCAACUCAACCCAAGGUUCGGGCCCCGCCUCCUCAGGCCCCCACCCCAACAACAGCAACGCCUCCUCCCACGGACACAACCCGGCCGCACCCACGGGCUACCUGACGCCCAGUCGGACGUGUCCCCAGCAGGUCAACAGUCCCUCUCCUCUGAGCAGCCCACUCACAGCCACCCCUACCUCUUUUAUGUCACCCAGGAUGCCCCGGGCCAGCCCCGGGUUGGGGGGAAGCCCUCGGGCCCCAGGGAACCCCUUCUCUCCCUCCACGCCUGGCCUCCAUUCCCCAACCGGGGCACUGAGCGGUUGCGGCGGCCUCAGCCGGCAGCUGUCCGGCGGUGACAGCAGUGCCAGCGGCGGGUCGACGGGCUCCUUCUCCCUGUCCUCUCCUGUCGCUCAGAGGCGAGCCAGUGCGCCCGCCGGCUCCGCCGCCAGGCCUCCGUCGGCAACCACCCCAGAAGGAGGAGGAGGAGGAAGGGGAGAGGACUCUGUUAAAGCCUCCCUUCUUUCUGCCCCCAGACUCAAUCAGCUGCCCGUCGAGUCUAACAACAACAACAACAACUGCACCUCAUCACCUCAUCCUCCGAACCCCCAUCCCGCCCCGCAGUGCCCAGCCUCGCACAGCACUCUCACGGAGCGACACAAGAUCCUCCACCGGCUGCUCCAGGACACGAGUCCCAACGACGCCUCGGCCUCGGCCACCGGCGACGAGGACGAGGACGGAGGGAACAAGAACGACGUCGACAUCAAGAAGGAGCCGCCUGUCAGUCCAGCAGUUAUACCAGGAUCCAAGUCCAGCUCCAGAGAGCCACAGGACCACCAGCUACUCCGCUUCCUCCUGGAUACAGACGAGAAGGACCUGGGGGACCUGCCUCCUCCCUCUGCCCUCACCCUGCAGACGGUCAGGGUGAAGGUGGAGAAGAGGACGAGCGUGGACGGGCCGCCCUGCGCAGGCGGCGCAUCCAAACUCGCGGGAGUGUCCGGCGGCUCGUCCUGCGUCAGUCCCAGAUCCAGUCCCGUCGGGGAGAACCGCCGAGACAGUCGCAAGGACAGCAGAGACUCCACGACGUCCGGCGGCCCCGUUGACACGGAUCCCCUCGCCCAGCUGCUGCCCGGCCCGAGAGGCCUGAGCGGGGCCAACCAGGCCACAGAGGAUCCGGCAACACCUGGAGGAGGCCCCCAACUCCACUCUCCGGGCCCGCAGGCCCAGCCCCCGGCACUGCUCCAGUCCCCCGUACCUCAGCUCCAGUCCCCGCUGUCCCAGUCUCUCCCUCAGUUGCCGUCGCCCCAGCUCCAGUCGCCGUCGCCACAGCUCAAACUGCAGUCGCCCACCCAGCUCCAGCCCGGUGAGGCCAGCACUCCCCGCAACGCAAAUGUGAAGAGAGAGCCUCCCGCCACUCCGAACAAAGGGCUCAGCGAUGGCAGACCGCCCUCCGGCUGCAGCCUCCAGAGUCAGUCCUCGUUCGACUUCUGCAGUCCCCCCACUCCGAGCCAGACGCAGGCCCCGGGACAGGGAGACCCCUUCCAGACCCCCAAAGACAGCAGCCCCUUCCCAGAAGCGGAAGUCAUCAACCCGUUCAACUCCAGCACCGGCCUAACAAAGAUGGACCUGGGAGACGUUCAGUUCCAGCCUCUGACUCUGUCGGACACUUUGUCUUUUGAUGCUCUCGGACCUUUACAGGCUCCGUUAGCAUCACCUCAAGAGCAGUGUGUCCCCUGCACGCUGGACGAGGUGCUCGGCCCCCUGACGGCGCCCGAGGGCCGCAACGACGAGAAGGCUCUGCUGGAGCAGCUCGUCUCCUUCCUCAGCGGAACCGACGAGAGCGAGCUGGCCGAGCUGGACAAGGCCCUGGGUAUCGACAAGCUGGUGCAGGGCGGCUGCUACGACCCUUUGCCUCAGACCUUCCCAACCCAGCAACCCACUGCCAGCCCAGUUUCCAUGGACCCGAAACUGCCCGCCUACCCUUCCCAGUUCACACCGGCUCCACAAGCGCAGUUUCCUCUGGAGCUGGUGGCCACGGUGGGGCCACAGGGUCUGGGGUUCGGGGCCCCGCGGGGGGCUUUCCCCGGCGGGAUGGGCCUGGGCCUGAGGCCUGGCGUGACGCGGCCGCAGGGGCUGGGCCCUCAGCUCCGGCUGCCGCCAAACCAGCUGCGCCUGCAGCUGCAGCAGAGGCUGCAGGGUCAACAGCAGCUCCAGAACAGGCUGGCAGGCAUAAACCCGUUUCCCGCGGGAGCCCAGCAUGUGAACAUGGGUAUUCGUCAGGGGGUUCCACCGCCUCAGAUUCCCUCACAACAGCCUCCGCUGAACGCCCAGAUGUUGGCCCAGCGUCAGCGGGAGCUCUACAGCAUCCAGCACCGGCAGCGACAGCUUUUCCAGCAGAAGGUCAUGCUGAUGAGACAGAACAUGGCCGCCGCCCCGACCGGAGCUGUAGCGCCCAUCGGCGCUGCGAGGGUUCCGAAAGUUUCCCCCACGACGCCUCAACCCCAGCAGCAGCAGUUCACCUUCCCGACAGGUUUCAAUCCGUUGACGGGAAACCCCCCUACCUCACCGAGUCACUUCAGCCCCAUGUCGGGGGCCCCGCUGGACGGCAAACUGUCCACCAGAGUUCCUCUGAGCAACCAGGCGCUGAUGGGCGGCGUGCAGGGCCAGUUCAGCGGCGCCGUGAGCUCCUCGUUGCAGCAGAGUCUGUUCCAGCAGUUCGGAGGGUCCGCUAUAGUCCAGCAGGACCCAUCCUUCCCUCCCGAGAUGAGCCCGACCAGCCCGUUGUUGUCGCCUCAAAGCUCCACCCCCCAGAGUCCUCUGCUCCAGCAAGCCCCGCCGCCUGGCUACCAGUCACCAGACAUGAAGAGCUGGCAACAGACGGGCAUGGGCGGCAACAGCCUGUUCAGUCAGUCGGGUCAGAGUGCGGCGCAGGCGUUCGGCCAGCAGGGGGUUUACAACAACAUGAGCAUCACCGUCUCCAUGGCCGGGGGCUCGGGCGGCGGCGGCGGCGGCUCGUUACCUCCCAUGGGGCCGCCGGUCGGCAUGAGCAGCAGUAACCUCAGCAACGUGGGUUCAGUGUGCAGCGACCAGCAGGUGCAGCAGGUUCAGGUGUUUGCGGACGUCCAGUGCACAGUGAACCUGGUUGGCGGCGGCUCCUACCUGAACCAGGACUCCAUCGGGGCCGCCGCCUCCUCCCAGAAGGGCCCCGGGGGGCCGCCGGGCUCCCAGAGCAGCCAGGCGCAGCAGAAGAGCCUCCUCCAGCAGCUGCUCACCGAGUGACACCUCCCCGGCCCCUCCUCCCCCCUUCAGCUCUCCUAUCUCCCUCUACUUCUCACCUCGACGCCUCCUUCCUCGGAGGUCAGGGCACCAGACCCAUUGCUGUCUCUGUCUCACCUUUUUCGGAUGGAUGGAUGGAAGGAAGGAUGGACGAUGUGGACGACCACACGCGGAGUCGGGCUCAGAGCGGUCUUGGCUGUCGGCGGACGCGGCGACGCAGCCUGACCACUUCUGUGCGGCGCGAGGGGAUUAUGAUUUUUUUCCGGGGCGCCUGGUCGUUUUCACCGCCCAGUACUUAAAAAAAAAAAAAGAAAAGAAAAGAAAAGACUCGAGUCAGAAGGAGCAGCAGUGUAUUUGAACCUGCCUGUCUAAUCUGUCUGACAACCUGUCUGUCUGCCUCAGCCUAUUAAAGGCAGUGUUGUCUUGCUGCUCAUUCCUUGGUGACCUACUUCCUGCUUCCUGACCCAAGAAAACAACUGCGACAUCAUUGUAGAUUUGCCAAGUUGUCGUCACUGUUAAAUCAGGGCCGGCCUCCUUUUUUUUCUUCUUCUUCUUCUUCUUCUUCUUCUUUUCUGAUCGCACGGUCUCCGUCAGGGGGCCGUCGUCGCAGCAGCAGCAGUGCGACCUGGGAGCGUGAGUUGCGGCGUACAGCUGCGCUCAGCGUCGUCGGUGUGGGGGAGUGUCCUCACACAGCAGCACCUCUGGCUUUUCCUUUUUGAUUUUCUAUUCUUUUUUUAUUUGAAUUUUGGUUUGUUUUUGUUUUUCCUCUACCGGUCUCUCAGCGAUGUGGGAAUGUUAAGGUUUCAGACCUCUGUUGCAUUGUGGGAUAGGAGCUCAGUUAUCAGCUGGUUCUGUGACUGUCUCUCUCUAUCUGCUGCAGUGCCUGGUGGAAGUUGGAGUUUUUUCCCCGAGCUCUGCUUCUUCUCCUCCUCCUCCUCCUCCUCCUCCUCCUCCUUCUUCUUCUUCUUCUAAAUAUUAUUCUAUUACACCUUCUGUUCUAUUUUAUUUUGUAAAAUUUUGAAUAGUUUUUAUUUUUUUGUUGAAAAGAUGUAUAAAAAAACAAAAACAACUUCUGCUCUCACCGUCAUCAUCAUCAUCAUCAUCAUCAUCAUCAUCUUCACGAUCGAUCAUCAGAACAAGCUUUGACAACAGCCAGGAUGGAUGGAUGGAUGGAUGGAUGGAUAGAUAGAUGGGAGACAGACGGGAUGCUGCUCAGUUUGGAACUUACGUGUCUUCCUCCCCCUCCCCGGGGAGGAGGUUUUAUUUUUUAUUAUUUUCAAAGUAUAUAAAAGAAAAAAAGACUGUUAUGAUUAUUUAACUGUCUGUCCGUCACAUUUGACCCCUCACCUCCGCAGCUGUGAAUACAGAGCCUUCGUCGGGCUCACUCUCUCUCUCUUACUCACUCUCUCUCUCUUACUCUCUCUCUCUCUCUCUCUCUUUCUCUCUCUCUCAUAUGCUGUCUCUCAGCCUAUCAGUGUUGUUUGCCAUGUGCACCAUGCAGGCGGGUAGUAUUGUACAGUACAGAAGGACAAAGACUUGGGGGGGGGGCCGCUCACUCUUCUCUUGCAAUUGCUUUCCUUUACGAAAAAAGAAAAGAAAAAGUGUAAUUAACUCAGAAAAACAGCAAAACUAUGUAUAAUGUGAUUCGAUCCAGGUUUUUGGUUUUUUUUCAAUUCUAAUAAUGUCAAAUCAUGUUUUGUUUUUUGUUUUUCAGAUUUAGUUUUUUGGCAUCAGGAUAUUGUACUGUCGUUAAAUGUUGCAGUGGACGGAGGAAGUUAUUACAUCUUCGCAAAUGUGAAAAUAUUUUUUUCCCCAAGCGAUUGAGUUUAAAUAUAUCUAGAUCUUGCUUCCCGUCGAGUAGCCACACCUCCUUUUGGGGGCGAGGUUUGGGGGUGGGGUUAUGCUUUUGCUUUCUCUCGUUGGCAACCAGGGAAAAGCUAGUUAGCCCUCUUCUCUUACUUUUCUCCUCUUCCAUUUACUCUUUAUGUCUGUACAACACGUUCAAGAGAAAACCUUUCGGACAGUACACGUGUUUGUAACCAUUGUAUAAAGGAAAAAAGAAAAGAGAACGUGAAAAUACCUCAGACCGUCUUCUUUGCUGUGAUCGCGUGACGUCCUGCGGCGAUGCCAGCGGUGCCGAGCCGUCGUCACAGCAAACAAACGCUCCUUUGGGGAUAAUUGUUCCUAUAUAGAGACAUUUAAGUAGAAGCUUUAGUAUUAGAAGUUCCUAACAAAGAUGUGAUGGAUGAUUAAUUUUAAGAUGUCGUGAAAUCGAAUCAAAACAGGAACGGGGGUGAAUCACAGAAAAUACACAUUUUUAUUUUGUUAAUUUUCUCCGUAACCUCCCGUCGAGGAUUUUUUUCAUUUUUGGGAUCUAACACUCCUCUCCCUCCACCUCCCCCCGAUGAAGACUUCACUCCACUGGCUACACACACACACACACACACACACACACACACACACACACAGUUUUCCGUUGACUACUGUUGCUAAGUCAGACACUGUCUCUCUCAGCGGUGCGCCACCAUAGAGUGUCCCCCUCUGCUGGCCGCUCAGUUGUUUGCGGUUUGCAACUUCACAAAAUUACACACUGGGGAUUUAAGCAAAAGUAUUCUCGAAAGCCAAUAAGCGUGAAAUCCUCCUGACGUCCUCGCCCGACAGAAACCGGGGCCGAUGUUCGAGGGGACAACAGAACAUGAUCCAGGGGCCGAAGUCGCCUCGGGUCUGGUGUGACGAACCGUCAUGAGGGAUGAGUUUCACGACCACCUGAUUCGCCGCCAACUCUUAGGUCACCUAACAUGCAGUCUGAUGCUACUUCAGUGGAAUAGGGCUUUUUUUUUUUUCCAUGCGUACUGUUUUGUUUUUUUACAGCGACACUUCACCAUAUGCAACAUUACCCAGACGUGGAGCGGAUUAGUACGCAAGGUCAACAUUCCACCCGCCAAACUCCUCCGGUGUCGCACGACGUACGAGAACCACUUUGUGUACGUCUGGAUUCAGAUCGAUUCCCUUUGUGCCCAAACAGUUGCCCAGGAGCAGUCGACAUCUUUAAUUCUUUUUCUAAACUUCUUCUUUUUUUCAACUAGAUGCUUUUAAAAAAAAGAUAAUUCACAGAGAUUUUCUGAGCUGGGUUUUUAUUUCUUCUAUUUUUUUUCUGUGUGUAUAUUUAUUCUAACAGCAUGUGGAUACAAAUCGUCAGUGGAUGUCUGACGAGCACCUCUCUAUUACCUCAUGACCUCUUUUUUUUUUUUUAACUGUGGGCCAGGUUUUCACACUGUGAGCAGCGCUGUGAUCUCGCCCGGCGUAGUGCUUGAAUCCGACCGUCGGCCGCUGAGCGCUUCCUCUCGGCUCCGUUACGUGCUCUCAAUCUGACGCCGCCGGCUACAAAAGCUCUUCUUCUGUUAGGGAAAAGAAACAAACUAAUAAUCGACGAUCGAAGUAGCGGCCUCGUUUUGAGAGGCCGCCUCCCAUUUCUUUCCUUUUGACCUCCACCACGACCUUCACGUGCGGAGACGCUGUGGUUUCUCCGCUUAAAGAAACCUUCCUCUACCUCCUCUCUACUUUUUCAGUUCUCAGACACGGUUUCCAUUCCGCUUUCGGCCUCGUCGUACCCGUCGUACAGCUCGACGCACCGAGCCCGGGUGUUAAGGGAGAGAAAUGGGACAAAACUGAUUGCAAGGUAAAAUUCUGAGGAGGAACCGCGAGGCCUCCUGUUCCGCCUGCACUUCUUUUUUUUCUUUUUUUAAAUCUUGCCCGUUUUGCACUCACUCAAUAGAAGCACUUCAGUCCGGGGAGCCAGGAAGCGUCGAAAUCCGACGCCGCGUGCGCGCGCUUUGGGACGGUUAAGUAACCAGACGCCGCGUGUUUUGCCCAGAUCUGGUUCCUCACAGUGUGAACGCACGAGUCAAGGCGGUCCCGUGCCACUGUUUGGUCGACGUCAACUACUCAGAAGCUGCACAAAAGUGGGAAGAAUGUAUUUCGGAAGGUCCCCGUCAAGUGUCCGCCCUCCUCUUGUUAACCUGCUCUAAGGCUUCGUACAGUAUUGAGACCCCGCCCCCCCCCCCGACCCCGCUUCUCUGCGUGGAAUAGGCAUUCCGAUGGAAACGGUUCGACGGCAACGGUCAACUCAUCCUGCAACGACGACGACAACAACAUGCCAAAUACAACCGAUGCAUAUGUAAAUUUAUUGUUAUUAUUUUAUUUUUUAUGCAACAGCCAUUCAAUGAAACCGACAGUCCCUCCCCCUCCUCACUACGAUUAACCGGUACAAGGUUAGGUUCUGUUUUUUAUAACGCUGGUUUCGAGAUGUUAACAUAAUGUAUAUAACAGAGAAAUGUGAAUAUGUAUUUGUUCAGAAUCAACGAGAGAGAAAAAAAAAAAGUAGUGCUCCGAGUUUGUGGUAAAUAACUACUCGCCUCCGUCAUGUUUUUAUUUCAAUGUUUUUGAUUUUCUACUUUUGAUUUUUUAUUUUUCCGAUGACGUAUGUAUGUAUGUGUGUAUAUGACUAUCAGUGAGUGCGUAUGUAUGUGAUUAAUACUGUAUAUCUGGUGUUCUCUAAGACGGAAAAGUGGAAGAUGUCCUGGUUUGAUUCUUUUCUUCUUUUUACUCUUUAGACGCUGCACAGUACCUGUGGGUGUUUCUCCGAUUAACUAUGCCAGAGAAUGGUUUUUAAGCGACUGCUGAAUGUGAUUUUACUGAGCGAGCGAGCGAGAGAGAGAGAGAGAGAAGCGGUGUGGACUGGCUUUUUUUUUUUUUGUACGGGUUAAUUUAAAAAAAAUACAGAAAACGAAACAAAAAAAAAAAAAGAGAAAGAAAAAAGGCCAUAUUAUUUAAUUUUUCUCUGUUGUCAAAAGUUAAAGCAGAUCCGGGAGAGUGGAGCCUUGGUUUCACGGAGAGGCAUUCGCCAGGUUGUUGUUCUGUAUAUGAGUGGGUUUUUUAAAAUGGAUUAUUUUCUAAUUGUCUGACUGAUGUAGCCUCUUUUUUUUCCUCUUUUUUUUUUUUUUUUCAUUUGUCAACAGUAAAAUGACCAAAGCUUCAAGAUGUUUAAUGGAUAUCAUAUGCAAACCUCAUCAUCACUCGACAAGACGAUAAUGUAGGCCCCCCCCCCCCCCCCCCCCCUUGUUCAUUUUGGAUUUCGCUCCUCCUCCUCGCACAGUUCCGCAUCUUCGUCCUUAGUCCCUCGUCCUCGCUCGCGUCUCUUAAAUCGUUCUUUCCUUUUGUGCGAAGGUCUGCGAGACGUCCGGGAGUUCGCUCCCCUCGGAGGCGUCUCCACUUCGCCGCCAAUGAGGUCUUUCUUUCCCUCUUUAGCCUAAAGUGCUACCGUUCGUUUACAGGAAAGAAAAACAGAAAACCAUUGCAACCGUUAUGCUAUGCACCUUACCGACACAAAGCAUUUCCUCACAUUGACUUGGGUAUGUAGACUUGACACUGGAGCAACACCUGAAUCAUUGACUUCAUAUAGGCAACGUAUCUUUAGUCGACUUCACACUCGAACCACAGAGAUCCCGUGUAGUGGGAGUUUCCCUGUCAGUGAGUUCUAGUCGACAUCCGACGACCUUUCUCAGCGUAUGAUCUCAUCCUUUGAGGAAAUAAAAAAAAACACUUCUUUUCUUUUUUCUCUCUCCAUUAACUAAAAUACUUUAUACCAAACUUGAGGUGCCUCGUGUAUAUAUAUUUUCCGCAGUAAAGCUCGCUCCUUUGCUGUUUAGCGGUGAUAACCUUGUUAACCAGGGUUUUUAAUUUUUAAAAAGAAAACCUUUUUUCACAUUUGUAUAAAAAAAAUGAAAAGUUUACUGUAAAUUUUAAUGACUUUUUUUACAUACACAGAAGAUAAAUCAAUUUUUUCCAGGAAUUUGCAAAUACAAUCUAAUUUUGCACUUUAUAUAUUGGAUUUACUCGCCAUCGGGUGCUGUCUCAAUCAGAUCGGCAGAAGCAUCGUUCCCCUGAAUGUACCAAGAAAAUGUCAGUUUGAGUAAGUUUUAAUUUGAAAUGGAACAAAUUGCUCAGGUUCUUUAUGAAGAACUCGACUGACGGGGGCUAACCCCCCCCCCCCCCCCCCAUUAGCCAAAUGAUGACUAAAAAUUGUAUACACUUUACCUAUACCUUCUUUGUAAUGUAGAUCUUUAUCUUGUCUCUUUCUCUUGUCUCUUUCUACACCAACCGAUCCUCAGUAUAAAAACUAUGCCAGUCUUCUUCAGGUGACAUCCCUGCCCUCCUCUCUGCGCCGUCGGCCGACGCCAGGCGUUACUGUUAAAAAAAACCUCUUCUUGCUUGAAUCUCAGAACAUUCCUGCUCACAAACACAGGUUUCAGCAACCGUCAACACUUUGCUCUGUAGCCGAAGCCGCCGGGCAUUCACUCUCCUCUCCCGCAACUUCGAACCUGUUUUUUCCUUAAACCAAGGUGAACACUCGCUUUUUUUAAAAUUAGUAAACGUCAAAAGUCUGGCUGUGCGAGACUUGUGCUCUGCUGUUUGGAAACAAUUGUGCACUGACAUAAAUGACAACACACCAAACUAUGUUGCUUGUCUUCUCCAUUUUUUGCUUGUCUUGUCACACACUUGUGCUGCCAAAUGUAGACUAUUUAGCGGUGUGCUGAUUUCAGGAUCGGGCCAAUGCCUUGUGCAAGAUCGGGUAAAUAACCGGUGCGGGAUCGGGCCAAUGCUUUGUGCUGGAUUGGGCCAGUGCCCGGUGCUGGAUCGGGCAAAUGCCUUGUGCGGGAUCGGGCAAAUGCCUUGUGCAGGAUCAGGCAAAUGCCUUGUGCGGGAUCGGGCAAAUGCCUUGUGCAGGAUCAGGCAAAUGCCUUGUGCGGGAUCGGGCCAAUGCUUUGUGCUGGAUUGGGCCAGUGCCCGGUGCGGGAUCGGGCAAAUGCCUUGUGCGGGAUCGGGCCAAUGCUUUGUGCUGGAUUGGGCCAAUGCCUGGUGCUGGAUCGGGCCAGUGCCCGGUGCGGGAUCGGGCAAAUGCCUUGUGCGGGAUCGGGCCAGUGCCUUGUGCGGGGUCGGGCAAAUGUAUGGUAUCAGCCAAGUUCCUAGCCAAAAAAAAAAGUUUUUGUUGAUUUUAUUCAGUAUUCUCACUUGUCAUUGGUCCGAAACGGUAUUUGUGCACCACUAAGUAUCUGCACCGUCCUUUAAAUCUUAAAAAAAAUCCCGCUCAUUCCUUGUGCAAAUGUUCAAAUCCCUGCUCUUGGUGAAAGAUACCCACAGCAUCCGUUUUGUCAAGUAUUGUAAGCGCUGCCUUAUUGGGACUGAGGUUGGAUAUGGUUCAGAGAUUUUAAAAAGUAGGCUUCUCGUUAACUCACGACUUGUGUUGUUUCGGGGGGGCGGUAAUGCUUUCUCCGGAGAAUUUGCGAGAGAAAAAAAGACCAAGGUUCCACUUCCUCCCUUGUACAAAUUAAUAUAAAUAAAUAUAUAUAUAAAUAUAUUAUACAUUUUACCCAUUUUUGUCCAGUUUUUUGUAUAUUACACUCAUGUAAAGUUUGUUUUUAACGAGGCAUCGGAGCAGCUAUUACAAGACAAUAUGAGUGACAUUGUUCAUCUGGGAGAAUUUUAUGCAUGUUAUAUUUUCUCUUUUUCUCUCUCUGUCUCUUUUAAUGCCCCCCAACCCCCCUGUUCAGGUGUGUAACGUGAAUAUAAAGAAAUCUACCUUUUCUUUGGAAUGUUGUAGACAAUCAGUCUCAGGCCGGGUCCAGUCCCUGCAGGGAGUGAGAGCCCUGCAGGCUGGUCGACAAACAAAACUCUACUUUUUUCGUUUGACAAUUAAAAACUGUCUUUGCAUCUACUGGAAGUCUAAAUUUGGAGGUUUGUUCAUUCAUAUGUUUGUGGCUGCUCAAGUUUACACACACACACAAACACACACACUUCUACUACACUCAAAAUACAAACACCUCGUGCAUUUGAUCCCUCUGCUUUUUUUCCAAGGUGAGGAUGCCAACCUUGCGGAAAUGAUGCUUUGACUAACAAAUCUAUAACAUCUAUGAAUGUGGGAAUGCAACACAUUGCAAUAAAAGCACCAUUUGAAAUGCA